ACCUACUUUCACAUUUUUGAAGGUACAGGCGUCAGAUUUGGACCAUAUGCAUAGUUCCGUGUUUCAAAAUGAAAUUUGAUAUUGAUUUUGACCUAGUGACCUACUUUCACAUUUCUCAAGCUACAGCCUUCAAAUUUGGACCACAUGCAUAGUUUUGUGUACCAAAAAAAACUUUGACCUUCACAUUGACCUAGUGACCUACUUUCACAUUUUUGAAGGUACAGGCUUCAAAUUUGGACCACAUGCAUAGUUUUGUAUUCCGAAAUAAAAUUUGACCUUGAUUUUGACCUAGUGACCUACUUUUACAUUUCUCAAGCUACAGCCUUCAAAUUUGGACCACUUGCAUAUUUUUGUGUACCGAAAUGAACUUUGACCUUUACAUUGACUAGUGACCUACUUUCACAUUUUUGAAGGUACUGGCUUCAAAUUUGGACCACAUGCAUAGUUUUGUAUUCUGAAAUAAAAUUUGACAUUGAUUUUGACCUAGUGACCUACUUUUACAUUUCUCAAGCUACAGCCUUCAAAUUUGGACCACUUGCAUAGUUUUGUGUACUGAAAUGAACUUGACCUUAAGAUUGACCUAGUGACCUACUUUCACAUUUCUGUAGCUACAGGCUUCAAAUUUAGACUACAUGCAUAAGAUUGUGUACCGAAACAAACUUUGACCUUGACAUUGACCUAGUGACCUACUUUCACAUUUCUCAAGCUACAGCUUUCGAAUUCGGACCACAUGCACAGUGUUGUGUACUGAAAUGAAAUUUGACCUUGAGCUAGUCAAUAAGUCUUGAAAUUUGGAGCACUCAAAAAUGGCACAUUGGUGGGCGCCAAUAUCACUCUGUGAUCUCUUGUUGUAAAUGUACUGUAUUAUUGGAAAUAAAAAUAUAUUACAAAAAAAAAAAAUAAUAAGUUUCUGCAAAUUUAAUUUGUAUAAUCAAAUAUUGUCUCUCUGACAGUGAAAAAAAAAAAAAAAAAAAAAAAAUAUUUAAGGAAAUCCUGUCUAACAUACACAAAUGUUGAUUUUAUUCAUUACUCCAAAAGUGUACUAUCUACAACUGGACAUUGCCUGGGUCUGUGGCCAUUGAACUUCAUAGCAUGAUUGCCAGUGAUCAGAAAAUGAGACCCCUAUGCAAAGAAAUUUUACAUGUAGCACUACCUAGUGGUUCCCUCCUCAACCAUGGGCCUUAUGCACCACUUAUUUGCAUGUCAUUUUUACAGAUCACUUCAUCAAAACCUUCUAAAGGACAAGAAUUGCGAGUAUUUAUCAAGUAUGGUAUUUCAGAUGUAUUCAACACAGACCAUGCAGAAUUUGAUGAUCAUAUCACAGUGACAGUGUAUAGUUGUGCUGAACUUGGUAAGGACUGCAGUCAUUGUAGAGCUCUGAAAAGCCGCUAUGGCUGUACGUGGUGUUCUGAUGAUGGUAAUUGCCAAUACAACGACAGCUGUGACAAGAAGGCUACAACCUGUCCACCUCCAGCAGUUACAAAGAUUGUACCAAAAGAUGGACCCUGGGAAGGUGGCACUAAAGUGACAAUAAAUGGUAAAGAACUAGGAAGCCGAAUUUCAGACAUUGAUGGUGUUAUGGUUGCAGGUAGAAAUUGUACACUUAACAGUGCAGACUUUGGGAUUCAGCCAAAUGGAUAUUUUGAUCAAAGUGUACCUGAUCG